UCGAAAACGCGAGUCGGACACAUUUGUCACUUAGCAGACUUCUGUCUCAGCGUGCAUAUGCCUUAUCACACCCUCUCGUUUCGACGCCUUCUGUAAAAUCAUUCUCAAUCAAGAAAUCAUCUGCCAUCCCAGAGGGGGAGGAAGGCGUGGCCUGAGGCCUCGUGCAGUGCUUCCUGGCCGUUUUUUCUUCCUGCCAGAGUUGCAAACGAAGUCGGUCGGAUCGGAGUUCGGAUUUGUGUGCGCGCUGAUUACGCGUUUUGUCCCCAUCUUUACGUCACGUCCUCUUAAUUUGUGAGGAGUUGUGUUGUGCGCCUGGAUUGCGGGAGUUCCGAAUUUCGUGCGAAGUGUUGUGUAUUCUAAGAAAAGAGGGCGUGUGCUGUCACCCCUUCCAGCAGUGUUUCUGUGCUUAUUUUUUUCCCCAGCCAUCUUUGGUUUUGUAUUUCUUUCUCCAUGGAAAUUAAGCAUUGGAUGCUAUAGAUGUUGGCCCACGAGUUAAAUGCCAAGAGGGACUUAUUUUUCCGUCAUGAUGCAUCAACUACUAAUUAUACGGUAGCAUCUUCUAAUGUAAAUUCAUCGCUAGGCAUCAAUUCUAAUUCUUCAUCCAAAGAAUCCCUCUCUAGUAAAGAAGGUGACAGAAUGAAAGACAUGUCACCAAAAGAUUUGGACGGCUAUGUCGGUUUUGCCAAUCUGCCAAAUCAAGUUUAUAGAAAAGCUGUGAAACGAGGUUUUGAGUUCACUCUCAUGGUUGUUGGGGAGGCUGGAUUGGGUAAAUCAACAUUAAUUAAUUCUAUGUUCCUGACUGACAUUUAUUCUAAUGAACAUCCUGGUCCAUCUCAUCGAAUUAAAAAAACAAUUCAGGUGGAGACAACUAAAGUACUUUUAAAAGAAAGUGGUGUUAAUUUAUUAUUGACUGUAGUAGAUACUCCAGGGUUUGGAGAUGCUGUUGACAAUUCUCAUUGUUGGCAGCCAAUAUCUGAUUACAUAGAAAAUAAAUAUGAAGAAUACUUGAAUGCUGAAUCUAGGGUUCACAGAACAACUAUACCUGAUGGGAGAGUGCAUUGUUGCCUGUAUUUCAUUGCUCCUUCUGGUCAUGGCCUGAAGCCUAUUGAUGUGGAGUUCAUGAAGAGGUUGCACGACAGAGUCAACAUUAUUCCUAUCAUUGCCAAAGCAGAUACAAUGACUCCUGAGGAAUGUCAUCACUUCAAGAAAACAAUAUUGAGUGAAAUUGCACAAAAUCAAAUAAAGAUAUAUGAAUUCCCAGAUUGUGAUGAAGAUGAAGAUGAAAACAGACAGCAGAAAAUAAUGAAGGAGCGAGUGCCAUUUGCUGUUGUUGGUAGUAAUACAUUAAUUGAUGUUGGUGGGAAACAGGUUAGAGGCCGCAGAUAUCCCUGGGGUGUGGCUGAAGUUGAAAACAUGGAACAUUGUGAUUUCUUAGCAUUACGGAACAUGCUUUUAAGGACACAUAUGCAAGACUUGAAAGAUAUUACAAAUAGUGUACACUAUGAGAAUUUCAGAUGUAGGAAAUUAGCUGGAGUUGGAUCAGAUGGAAAACCAGCUAGACUCUGUAAUAAGAAUCCACUUGAUCAACUAGAAGAAGAGAAAAAGGAGCACGAAAAUAAAAUGAAGAGGAUGGAGCAAGAGAUGGAACAAGUAUUUGAACUGAAAGUGAAAGAAAAGCGUCAAAAACUGAAAGAUUCUGAACAGGAUCUCCAGAGGAGACAUGAACAGAUAAGGUUAAGCUUGGCUAAACAGGCUCAAGAAUUGGAAGAGAUGAGGAAGGCAUUUGAAAAAGAGAAAAAAGAAUUUGAAUUAACCAAUAAAGAUGUAGAAGAUGCUUUUAAGAGGAUGACCAUGGAUAACAAUUCCAAAGAGACAGUAUCCGGAUCAGCGAGGAAUACUCCACGGCUGAAAAGCAAAAAUUUGACUGCCUUUCUUUUUAAGCAAUUGGAUGGCAAAGAGAAGAAAAAAGAGAAAAAGAAGGGUCUUUUCUAAAAGGAUAAAAAGUAUUUGGUGUGCAUUGUACUCCAUUUACUAUUGUUUGCUUAUGUGUUGUCCAGUUGUCAUGACUACAGUCUGUGUGUUUGUGUGUUUAUGUUGGAGUUAUUCAACAACCCAGGAAAACUUGCUCACAUCGUGUUCUGCCAUUGCAUACAUUGAAACGCUUGUACAUUUUUCUUCUUUUCUUUUCUUUUUAAUUAAGGCAUUCCCUAGUUGUCUAUCUGAUCCAUUUGUAUAUAGCAAAAGUCUCAUUUAUAAAUAACAUUUUAUUUGAAGACUUGGAUCAUAAUAAAUAAUAUGGUAUUUAGAUCAUUAACUUUGAAGAUUUUUUUUCUUUGUAAUUAAUCAUUGAAAUGUUUUGUGAGAAGUGUUGUAUGCAGGCAAACAAAACUGAUGCUCAUUGAAUUUCAAGUAUAUAUUUUAGAGUUAGUUUCUAGAAUGAAUGAUUUUUGAUCGAAACCAAAGGCAUCUAUUGUGCACAAAUGUUGUAAGUUUUGCUUUAGUAAGAUUUAUUUUUCUCUUUUUUUGAAAAGUAAAUUGUUAUUUGUAUUAAAAAAAAAAUAUUUUUCUGUAAGUUUCAGAGGAAUCAAGUUUGUAAAAUAUAACAAUCCCUCCCCUUUUUUUUUACUCCAUGAAUAGAACAAUAAACAUUUAACCAUAAAGCUACUUUUGUUCUAAUAGUUUUUUUUUUUCUUUUCAAAAAAUGCUUUAUGAUAAAUUCUGAAAAUAAAAGUCAUGUAUUCUUUUAAAGUAGUUAAGCAUCUAUUGUUAAAAAAUUAUUUAUACAUGAAUUUUGAUUUCCUCUCAUCUUUUCUAUAUUUUUUUAAAUUCUGAAAAAUUACUGGUUUUAAAAUGAAGUAUGAGAGAUUCAAAUAAGUUUUUACAUUACAUUGGUUUUUAUAGAAAAAUUUAGAUAUUAAAGUAUUGCUUAAAAAUUCACUUUAUUUAAAAUCAUUUUUUUUAAUUCACUGAACAGAAGUAAAAUCUCAAGCUCAUAUUUUAUGAGUAAGAAGAAAAAAAAAAGAAACUUUAAGCACAUAGCCCUUUUUAUAUUAACACCUUUGAAUUCUUUUAUUUUGAAUCUAUUUAUGUAUUUGCUGUUUCCCAAAGAGAAGUGAAUCCAGUUUUUGAUAUAAACUGUAUUUUUUUUAUCUUGAUUAAUAUUGUAAAUUUUUUGUAAGACCAUAUUUGUAUUAAAUGUCGCUUGUAUAUGUCAAUUUUUUUUUUGUAUUUUUUUAUUUAUUUUUUUUUAUUGGAAAGGACUUUUCUAUUUUAAGAAAUGUUUCAUUGUGUGCACUGGGUGCCUUAAAAAUAAUCAUGGUCUCAAAUGUAACUGGUCAUUGUAGCAUUAAUAUAAAAUACUUUAUUGUACCUUGAGUAAAAAGUGAAUUUUGAUUUACUUGGAAAGUCCAUAUUAACUAGAAUUUUAUUGCUGGUGUAUACCAUUUUCUCUAAUUUAUUUUACUUCAUUUGUUGUACAGAAUCAGUCAUUAAUUUUUUGUUUUUACCUUAAAAUUAAGACUGACUGUUCCAUAUAUAUUGAAAGUGAAUUCUUUUAAGUCAUGUCAAUUUUAUUGCUUUAAUUGUACUAAAAUUGAUAUGACUUAAUUGUUUUUACUUGAAAAUUAAGACUGGCUAUCUCCAUAUGUGUUGCAGGUGAAUUCUUUUAAGUCAUAUCAAUUUUAGUGCCUCAAAUGCAUUACUUUGUUGAUACUGCAAUUAACUUUAUUGGCAUUUGUAGUCUUGUAGCUUUUUCCAAUGUUUGAAUAGAAGUUUGUAUAUUCGAAUGAAAUUAAUCUCUUUUUAACAUGCUAUACAUUAUUGUCAUUGGAAAUCAAUAUGCAGUUGUCUUUAUAUGGACUUUAAAUAAAAAACAUUUUCAUGUUUU